AGAAAAACUGGAAUUAAUAGGAAUGGAUUUCAUUUGGAAGAUAGCAAUGGAGUCACCUGAUGAAGAAAUUGCCAAUGAAGCUAUACAAUUGAUAAUAAAUUACAGCUAUAUUAAUCUAACUCCUAGACUGAAAAAGGAUUCAGUAUCACUGCACAAGAAAUUCAUUGCAGAUUGUUACACGCGAUUAGAGGCAGCCAGUUCAGCACUUGGCGGUCCAACAUUAACGCACGCUGUUACAAGAGCUACAAAAAUGCUUACAGCAACUGCUAUGCCUACAGUAGCAACAUCAGUUCAGUCUCCUUACAGGUCAACUAAACUUGUAAUAAUUGAGAGACUAUUGCUGUUGGCAGAGCGUUAUGUGAUAACUAUAGAGGACCUUUAUUCUGUUCCUCGAACUAUUCUACCUCAUGGUGCCUCUUUCCAUGGACAUCUUUUAACACUUAAUGUUACAUAUGAGUCUACCAAAGAUACCUUCACCAUAGAG